AACUGCAGUCUGUUUUCUUCUUUAACACAGACACAGAAGGAGAGAAGUAGAGGAAGGAAGCUUCGGUGGUUUUGCGCUUAUCUCUGCAAUAUCACAUUAAACCAUAAAUUAAAAACAGGACGGAAGAACUGCAUGCUAAAGGAGUGAGUACAUUCAUGACACAGAGAGCCAGGAAAGAGGGACACUGAAAGAACAAUAAAAUAAACACGGCGGAUACACAUUGGCAGAGUUUACAGGACCAGCUCUGACAUUAAGUGAGAGAGGAAGAGGGGUGCAACAUUGCUUUACGGAAACCGCUUGACAGUUUCAUAUAUACGCUGACAGUCUAACAGACGCUUGAGAGAAACAGAAAGAGAAAGAGAGAUAAAAGGAUAAAACAAGCCUAAUUUCAACCAAACCAUGUUGAUAAAAGAAUACCGGAUAUGCAUGCCGCUCACUGUCGAUGAGUACAAGAUCGGGCAGUUAUACAUGAUCAGCAAGCACAGCAGAGAGCAGAGCGGAGGAGGUGAAGGGGUGGAGGUCGUCCGUAAUGAACCUUGCACAGACCACAAACAUGGAGCCGGUCAGAUCACAGAGAAACGCAUCUACCUCAACAGCAAACUGCCAACCUGGAUGAGAAAGUUUGUUCCCAUGGCUUUUUAUAUAACAGAAACUGCCUGGAACUUCUACCCUUACACCAUAACAGAGUACUCGUGUUCCUUCCUACCGAGGUUCCAUGUCAGGAUCGAGACGCACUUUGAGAAUGACAACGGUUGCAGUGAAAAUGUGUUUGGUGAUGACCCAACUCCAAAGGACACGAUCUGCUUUUUGGAUAUUUUGAACGAUCCAAUCCCUGAAAAGCAUUACAAGUCGUCGGAGGAUCUGAGACACUGGGUGUCAAAGCAAACAGGCCGGGGACCCCUAGUGGAUGACUGGAGGAACUCCACGACACCCAUCAUGUGCUCCUACAAAAGAGUCACCUGUAGCUUUGAGGUCUACGGUUUCCAGGGAAGAACAGAGGAAUUCAUUCACAAGAACAUUCGUGACAUUCUGUUGGUGGGACACAGACAGGCGGUGGCAUGGAUUGACGAGUGGCAUGGAAUGACGAUCGAGCAGGUGAGAGAGUACGAGAAAAAACAGCAGGAGGAAACAAACUGCCAACUCAAGAGCGACAUUACCUCGCCAGACUCUGCUCCUCCAAAGCGACCCAGCUACACUCGCUCCAUCUCUGUUACGGAUGAAUCGUCACUGAAAAAGAUGGGGGUAAAGACUGAAGACAUGCCAGACUCUUCAUCCAGCCCUUCCUCCAUCAAAAGUCCCUUGAGAUUAAACUCUACCCCGGAAUAAUACCCACAAGAACCACACCAGUACCACUUCUUUAAACAUUCGCCAAAAUUCUCUCAACUUGGACUUUCUCUUCUAACCAAAACUGAUAGAAAGACAUUCCACAUUGUCACGCUCUGCUUUCCAUUCCUUGUAUGCUUGUGUUCAUGCAGAGGUCGACAUUAACAAAACAUCUUACUAAAGAUUUGAGAUACUAUGUAAAAGACUCUGGCUCUCAAUGGAGUGAAAUGCCUUAAUUCACUUUUCUCAUGGACAAGCCAACAUCACCAAAAUGGAUUCAACAAACACUGUGUUCCACUGCCAAAAGAACAAGGAGACAACAGACCCACCUGUGCACAGGAUGGAUAUGAAAAGCCUCUAUUGACAUAAUGAUGAAAUCAGUCGACCGGUUCAGUAAAACCCAUUGGAUUCUGGUGAUUGUGAGCAACUAGACGAAAUUUCUAGUGGGUUACGGCUUAUUGAGACUAACCUUUGACCCUAUGUCAAUACAUUGAAGCAACGCAAUUGAUUGUUUAGUCGCGCAGCACAUUGUAAGAACUUUAUCAAUAGUACUUUUGGUGAGAAGAUUGAAGACUACAAUGGACUGAACAUUAUCCGUUACUUGACACUUAUCACACCGUUCAUCAUUCAUGCCACUGGUGAUAUUCUGUGUUUGUCUCUGGUUAUUCAUAAUUAAAGGGGACCUAUUAUGCAAAUGGUGUUUGAACAUAAAUAUGUAUAGGAAGUGUGUGUGUAGGCCAAACACCCUAUAAUGGUAAAAAUCCAUCCCCUCCCUUAUUAACAGCAUUUAUAGCAGUAGGUACUGUAUAUUACGCUGUUUUCACUGUAAUACACGGAUCUAAUAUACACAUGAUUUCUUUACUGGCUGUUUACGUUCAUUUUAUGUGACAUAACCUUGUGACAAAUGCUGAUAAACCUUGAGAGUUUAGGCACAAUAGAGACUUUAAUUUAAUACUCACACGGUGCACCAUUUGACAGCCAGCUUUCUGUGUGUGUGCUUCGGAUGUGUGCACUUAAAAAAAUAUCAGAAGUUUAGAACGAUAUGGGUUUAAAACACAUGCACAUCACAUUGAUGUGACCGCGAUUAAGAUGAUAAUCAAAAACAUAUGUUGUAGUUUUUGGCAGAAUAGGCCUAUUCGAUGCUCUCGUCCUCCCACUGAGAGCAGGGCGGGGAGCAGCAGCUCAUUUGCAUUUAAAGAUGCAUGAAAACAGCUUGUUUUUCCUUCCGCUCAAAAAUGCAUUUACAACAUGGAAUAAAUAAUAUGUGGGGUAUUUUGAGCUGAAACUUCACAGACACAUUCUGGGGACACCUUAGACUUAUAUUACAUCUUGUAAGAAGGGGCAUAAUAGUUUCUGCCAUUGGUUGAACAAACAAGUAGCCCCACCCUAAACUCAAAUCAUUGGUAAAUCCAAGUAUGUCAAGCAGCUCAAAUUAAUGGAUGAAUGUUGAAAGGGUCACAUCAUCACAUUUCUUUAAAUAAUACAAUUACUAAAGGAAGCAUGAUACAUCUAUGCCACACUAGUUACUGGCCAAGAUUAGAGUUUUUUUUGUUUGUUUUUUUACUUAUCAGUAUCUAAAGAUAUUGGAUCUCAUUAAUUUGAUCUAUUUUCCAUUCAGGUCAUCUCUGCCAUCAUCUAAUAGGCUACUCACUUAAACUUCUUUAAAAACUUUAAAAACAAACAAUUUUAGUAAACUAACUUAGCAAAUUGCAAAUCUGUAACUUUGGCAAAAGUAUCUUAU